UAGGUGUACAGUUGGUGGUUACCAUGGUAAUGGCUAGUGUCAUACAGAAGAUCAUACCUCACUAUUCUCUUGCUCGUUGGCUUCUCUGUAGUGGCAGUUUACGAUGGUAUCAGCAUCCUACUGAAGAAGAACUACGGGUUCUUGCAGGAAAACAAAGAGGGAAGAGCAAAAAAGAUAGAAAAUAUAAUGGUCAUAUUGAAAACAAGCCCCUAACCAUUCCAAAAGACAUUGAUCUUCAUCUGGAAACAAAGUCUGUGACUGAAAGGGACACUCUAGCGUUGCAUUAUUUUCCUGAAUAUCAGUGGUUGGUGGAUUUCACUGUUGCAGCUACAGUUGUGUAUGUGGUGACUGAAGCCUAUUACAGUAUUGUGAAGCCCUCACAAGAAAUGAAUAUUAGCGUAGUGUGGUGUCUGCUUGUCUUGGCCUUUGCAGUUAAGAUACUGUUUUCAUUGACCACCCAUUAUUUCAAAGUAGAGGAUGGAGGUGAAAGAUCAGUGUGCGUCACCUUUGGCUUUUUCUUCUUUGUGAAAGCAAUGGCAAUCCUGAUUGUAACAGAAAAUUAUCUAGAAUUUGGACUGGAAUCAGGAUUCUCAAAUUUUUCGGAAAGCGCUAUGCAGUUUCUUGAAAAGCAGGGUCUGGAAUCCCAGGGUCCUGUGUCUAAACUAACCUUCAAAUUGUUCCUGGCUGUUCUGUGUUCACUUAUUGGUGCUUUUUUGACAUUCCCUGGCUUGCGACUGGCUCAAAUGCAUCUGGAUGCUCUGAAUUUAGCAACAGAAAAAAUAACACAAACGUUGCUACAUAUAAACUUCUUGGCACCUUUACUUAUGGUUCUGCUGUGGGUAAAACCAAUCACUAAGGACUACAUUAUGAACCCACCUUUGGGCAAAGAGAGCGUUCCUUUAAUGUCAGAAGAUACAUUUGACACCAUGCGAUUGUGGAUUAUAAUCCUGUUGUGUGCUUUACGGUUGGCUAUGAUGCGCAGUCAUCUCCAGGCCUACCUGAAUUUAGCACAGAAAUGUGUGGAUCAGAUGAAAAAGGAAGCUGGCAGAAUAAGUACAGUUGAUUUACAGAAAAUGGUGGCUCGAGUUUUCUAUUAUCUUUGUGUUAUUGCACUGCAAUAUGUUGCACCAUUGGUAAUGCUCCUUCACACAACUCUACUAUUGAAAACACUAGGUAAUUAUUCUUGGGGCAUCCAUUCAGAAGCUAAUUCUGACACUCCAGUAGAAAACAGUCCACUUCCCAGUUCAGUUUAUUCUGAGUCUCCAUCUGCUGAUGGAAAGAUGAAAGUAACUGUAGUACAAAUAACAAUGGCUUUGGGAAGCCUAAAGAAUAUUUUCACUCCUCUCCUGUUCCGGGGACUCCUGUCUUUCCUCACCUGGUGGAUUGCUGCUUGCCUCUUUUCCACGAGCCUUUUUGGGCUUUUCUAUCAUCAGUACCUGACUGUGGCAUGAGCUGAGCAGCUAGCAAAGCAAGUAUGAGGUCAAAUUCUGGAUACAAACCCAGAUACCCAAGAGGAGAUGAAGAAAAAAGAAAACUGUGUGUGAAGAGAAGACAUAUCAGAAUUUAUUCUUAAACACUUCCUCUGCGUUCUCAGGGUGAAUAUUCUUAUGACGUUUAAAAUCAGAACUGGGUUUGUUACUUUUGUUACCCAAAUGGUAGGUAACGUUGAAUUAUGGUUUUGGGACUGACUAACACUAUCGUGUGGCAGGUAUUGGUGGGCAUGUUGAAAAGAUAACACCUUUGAGUAUCUUGGUUUCCAUAAGCAGUGAGCCACCCACAGAACUUUGUAGCUGAAGAAUCAGAGCCCGUGACUGAAUCAUGUUACUAGGGUACUGGUUAUGCCUAGGGUGGCUGCCUACAAAGUAAAAUCUUGAAACUGAGCCAUGCAGUAAAGGGGGAAGGGGAGAGGGGUUAAAAGAAAAACUUCUGUUGGAUAGCUAUUGAUCACUUUUCGCCAUGGAAAAUGAAAUAAUCCAACAGGACAGGAGAGAUACUGUAUAUUACAGUAAAGAAAGUUUAUAUAACAUUUAAAUUUAGCAUAGGAAUAGAUGUGUAGACCUGGCAGGUAUUGCUGCCUACAUAUAUGCAGGAACGUUUGUGCAGUGGGAGAGAUGUUAUAAAAAUAUAUAUUAUUGCAGUCUCUGCAGUCAUUUUGACGUACUGGCCAUGUGUGUUGGUGCUAAUAUUGAUCCGUGGAUUCCAUUUGGGUCUUUUAAAUUUCUUCUUUUCAGAUAAUAGAUAAAUUCCAUUGAAUUCACAAAGUAACUGAGGUAGAUUAGUGGUACCAAUCAAACGUUUAAAACCGGUUAAUCCUGCUGACUGAGAGUGUAUGUA